ACACACAUCCCCAUACGAACACUCACAAUCGUUAAGAAGAGAGAGAAAGCUUAAAUCGGAAAAAAUGGUUUCGUGGAUGAUGACAAUCAAGGCGGUGCUAAUCUCAAGCGGCGUCGCCACCGUGGCUCUGUUACUUAAACUCUCAGUUCCUGUAGCUGUUGAUUUCUCCUUGUCACGAGCUCCGAUCUUGUGGAGCUCCUUGUUGUCAUGGCUAAAACCGCCGUAUCUGUACGUCGUCACCAACGGAAUUAUCAUUACUAUCGUCGCUUCUUCUAAGUAUUACCGUAGCCACCAUGAUCGUGAUGAAGAAGAUGAGAUCGUCGUAUACGGUGGUGGAGGUUAUAAGAUCCAGACGGAGGAGCCGAUUGUGAAUCAACAUCAAGCUUCUCCGCGGAUGUUGGAAGUUAAGGAUUUAGAUACUGGUGCGCAUUUUGGUUUCGUUGUGGCGAAUCCGGAGGCGGAGGAACUCGAAUCAGAGGCGGUUACGGCGGUUGAGGAUGAGGAGGAUAAGAUUAAAGAUGCGGUGAUGACGGCGACGGCGGAGGAAGAUGAAAUUGAAGAGGAGCUUAAGAGUGUGAUUAUGGUGGAGAAUUCAGAUCUGGUUGAAUCCGAUGUCAUACCGCCGCCGAUUUCAAAUCUUCCGCCGAUGAUGAUCGAAUCGGAGAAUCUUCCUCCGAUUGAGAAGCCUCUGGUUACUUCAAGGUUCGGUCACCGGAAAUUGAUGAAAGCAAGUCAAGAAGGUGGAAGAGCUUUGAGAGUGACGAAGCCGAAGAAGAACGAGACAUUGGAGAAUACGUGGAAGAUGAUAACGGAAGGGAAGUCAACGCCGUUGACUAGACAGUUAUACCGGAGAUCUGACACGUUUGGUCGUGGUGAUUCCGGCGGUGUUGACGGAGAGGCAAAACCGGUUUAUAAGAAAUCGGAUACGUUUAGGGACAGGACUAAUUAUUAUCAGUUGGCGGAGACGGCGAAGAGAAAAUCCCAACUCCUUUAUUUGCUUGCAAAGGAGGAAAAGCAAGCAAGAGCUGUAGCCAAGUCUCUAGGACUGCAUAUCCCUGAAGUUGCUUAUUUGGUAAACGAUUACAUGCAUUACGAUCCUAACGAUGAUGUUGUGAAUGUGAAUGUUGAAGUAGCUGUUAACGUUGGUGCCCCUGUUGAAGUGGUCUUGCACGCUGAUGCCCUUGCAAGGAUGUGGCGUUAGUUCAUCUCUCAUUUUCCAUACGCAAGCCACAACCUACUAUGAAGCUUCAAUUCCCUGGUUUGACCAUGGAGCAAGUUAAAAACUAGGGGAAGCGAAUUGCUAAAGAAAAAGGCGGUUCAUAGAUGAUUCAUCAGAUGAAUGGAUGUACCUGUGGGCGUUCUUUCUUUUGUCUUCCCAUUGACUCUACUAGUGAGCAUUAAUAUAUAAUUAGAUUAAAC